AUGGCGUCUGAAAUAUACCCCGGUUUCAGAGGCUACGCACGUAACGGAGCGAGAGACGUCAUCGGCCACAUCAGCAGUCCACGGUUUCUUCAUGAUGAAUUUACGUACAAUGUCAGGCCUGUUGUCUGCAAGGCCCAUGAGCUAGAGAGCCUGGAGACAUUUGAGACAGAGAGAUGGUGGAUGCUUUUUCGCAUGAUCCUUUAUAACCAGAACAAGCGCACGCUCCAUGUAUCAGGGGUCACUGUACGCUUGACGGAUGAAGAUUCAUUCAAUGUGCCUCUCGAUGAGAUGAAGGGUCUGUCCCCUAAGAUGUACUAUGACUACGAAAUCUCGGGGACUGCGAGGCCCGUACCCUGGGAUCCCUUCAAGAAGCCAAGUCCGAACGACGAGUGGGUUGGGUAUCCAAUUCAUGCGCGCUGCUGGGAACUGCUUAAACAUCACGAGCUGAGCGAUAUUGCGAACAGAGACCUAGGUGCUGUUGUGUCUGUACUGGAAAGAACCUACGAAAAUUUCAGGAUCGUGAAUCAGUUUGGGCCCCAUUGGAAUUAUAACGAAGAUCCGGUUCGCAUCAAAGGUGUUUCAGAGAUUAUUAUACGGGCAUUGUGCCAAGCUGAGCGGAGACCGUUGAACAAUGGGAGGACUGCUGGCCUACCGGUUGAUAAGGAAGUAUGGCAGAACAGACUCUGCCAUCUCCCGUGGGAAAUACUCUACAUGAUCUUUGAUCAUCUUGAUGUACAAGAAGUGGCGGGUGUGGAACGCGCCUUCGGCCUUCACUCGGGUGAGUACUUUUGGCGCUCGAGAAUACCCACCAAGUUCUUUCACGAGAUACGGCAUAUUUCCCAUGAGAGACUCGACUGGAGAGAUCUAUGCUUGAAGCUAGAUCAAGAACGCACCAGCUCUACUGCAUUGGGCACACGUCGGUUAUUAUUGGAUUGGUUGGAUGUGAUGUUGGACAUUUUGGAACGCCAAAAAGCGGCUGAAUCCGAGUAA